CUUGCAACCAGCGCACAACGACACCCCAUCACGCAGCGUAUCGCCAUGGGCAAGGUUAAAGCCGCCGUAGCCCCCAUCAAAGGUCCCAGUUUCGUCCAAAGUGCCACAUCAGUCAGCCCCAUCGCCCCAGCGUCGGCAGGGCCAGAGGCUCCGAAAAACGGCUGCCAAAUCGUCGAUGUCAAGCAAGUGGUGGUGGACCCGAGCGACAAAGCCACAGCCAUCCACGUGUGGGCAUUGGGGGUCAUUUCGGUCAUUGGCGGCCAGUUCUACGGGUGGAACGAGUCGUUCAAAUUCGGGUUUUUGCCCUAUUUUAUAACGCAACUGCUCAUGGGGGUGGCGUACAUCAUUUACGUGUCGUGCAUUUCCGAAGUCGGCGGCAAGGUGCCGGGGGGGUCGUACGGGUUGGCGCGCGCGGUGCUGGGGUUUUACCCGGGCUACAUCCUCAGCUGCUUGGAAGUGCUCGAGUACACAUCGUACGCGUCCGUGGCGGUGCUGUACGUGACGGACUUUGUCACAACACACCUCAAGAUGAACAGUCAGUACCAACCGUUGGUAUGGCUGCUCUUCUACGCGAUAUGCAUCUCGUUCGUCGAGUCCCGCGGCAAGUACAUGUGGCGAUGCAUGCUCGUGCUGCUCGCGGCGAGCCUCCUACCCGGCAUUUUGUUUAUCUUUGGGUCGCUGCCGUACGUGGACUUUAAGAAGAACGCGGUGCUGCACAACUUUUACAACGACGAUACGACGUGGGCGACUGGCACGAUAUCGACGGCGUUCUUUGGCAUCUUGCCGUCCACAACCGUGGGCUUUGCAGGGGUCGAAAGCCUCACGGUAGUCACGGGGUUUGUCAAAGAUCCAGCCGUGGCCGUGCCCAAGGGAACCGUGGCGGCCGUGUGGACGCUGUUCGUGUCCAACGUAGCUAUGGUGCUCGUGCUGGCGUCGCUCCCCCCCGGCCUGGAAAUCAUCGCCACCGACGAGUUCUGCCUCAACCGCGGCUUGUACCUGGGCAUGGGCUUCACGUCUAGAGUUGCAGAAUGGAUCAUGAUUCCAGCGCAAAUCGGUACUGCCGUGGGGUUCUCGAUUCCGUACGCGAGACUGACGCAGGCGAUGGCCGACUCGAACCUUCUGCCGGCGUGGCUGGGGCUCCGGGGGCAGCAGACCACCCGCCGCGCCAUGAUCGUCGCGUCCGCCUUCGGGUACUGUCUCUGCUUCGUGUCGUUCUACAGCCCCAUGUUCAAAAUGACGCUGCAAAAUAUCUCGAUUGUUGCGGGGAUGAUGAGUUAUAUGGGCCAAACCAUGGGCUUUGUCAUGCUGCGCACGUCGUACAAUAUCGAGACCAAGGGAUACAAAAGUCCGUACGGGCUUGUGGGGGCGUACUAUGUGUUCCUUGUGUUCUUUUGCGUGAUCGUGUCGAUUGCGGGGGGGUUCCAAAUGGACAAGGGGAUUGCGAUUGUGUCGACGAUCGGGUUUAUCCUGAUCCUUACGGCGUACUACGUGCUUGUGUGCCAAAAGGUCCAGACCGUGUCCAAGGAAGAAUACCAAUCGAUUUUCAAGUUUAGCGUGAUGAAGUUCAACAAGAGUCGGAGCAAGAAGAGCAAGAAACGCACGUCCAACACAAGUCAAACGUCUCGUGCGUCAUUGGUCACCACCGCGCGCCUGCUCUUCCCCAAGAAAUCAAAAGUAGGCUCGUCAAUUAUGAGUGGGAAAUAGGUGUUUAUUCCACAAAAUAGUGUAAGGCUUAGAUUUAAUAUACUAUAAAGCGAAAGUUAGUUUCAUC